AUGUCCCACAGCUGCUGCUUUGGAGACUUCUCUUCCCACUCCUUCGGCAACCAUCUGCCCUAUUCACACUCCUUCUGUUCUUCCUCCUACCCCAGCAACCUGGUCUAUACCACCAACUUCCACCAUCCCAGGACCUGCCACCUGGGCUCCUCUCACUACAGGGGCUGUCAGGAGAUCUUCCACAGGCCCUCAGGAUGCCAGAAUUCCUGUGUGGUGUCCAGGACCUGCUACCACCCAAGGACCUUCACCCACUGCAGUCCCUGCCAGGGGACCUAUGCUGGAUCUCUGGGCUUUGGGUCCAGCAAUUGCCACUCACUGGGCUUCGGAUCUAGAAGCUGCCACUCUCUGGGCUAUGGAUCUAGAAGCUGCCAUUCCUUAGGCCAUGUUUCUGGAUGCUGUGACUGCCCUUCCCUGGGCUAUGGAUCUGGAUUCCACCACCCAACCUAUGUGGAUUCUAGGAGCUUCCAGUCUUCUUGUUACAGACCAAUCUGUGGGUCAGCCUUCUAG